AUGGUCUCAUUAAUGUCAUGCAUCUCCCUCCUGCAGACCUGCAGUGGGCCAACUGGAGCAAUCAACAGCAGCAAAUUGAAUGAAUUCUUCCUUAUGGGCCUCACUGAUGAUCCUCAGCUGCAACCCAUCCUCUUUGCUCUCUUCUUCCUCAUCUAUGCAGUGACAGUGGUAGGAAAUCUGGGCCUCCUUGUCCUCAUCGUGGUCAGCCCCAAACUUCACACACCCAUGUACUUUUUCCUCAGCAACCUGUCUUUUCUCGAUUUCUGUUAUUCUUCAGUCACUGUCCCCAAGAUGUUGAUGGGGUUCUUCUCUGAUUGCCAAGCCAUCUCUUUCUCUGGCUGUGUAAUUCAGACGAGCUGCUUUGUGAUCUUUGCUGUAACUGAAUUCUUCCUUCUGGCCUCCAUGGCCUAUGAUCGAUAUGUGGCAGUCUGCAAUCCUUUGAUCUACCAUAUCACCAUGUCCCCAAGGCUCUGCUUACAGUUGGUGACUGCCAGCUAUGCAGUUGGCCUGAUAAACAUGGUACUCCUCACUAGUACGACCUUUCAUUUGAUCUUCUGUAAAUCCCAUGUCCUCAAUCACUACUUCUGUGAUAUUCUUCCCCUUUUAAAACUCUCUUGCUCUGACACACAAGUGCUCCAGUUUCUCCUCUUUGUCUGUGGUGGCUUUAAUGUUUCUGUGUCCCUGACAGUUGUCCUAGUUUCCUACAUGUGUGUUUUCUUGGCUAUCAUCAGAAUACCUUCAGCUGAAGGCAAACACAAAACAUUCUCCACUUGUGCUUCCCACCUAACUGCUGUUAGUCUGUACUAUGGAACAACAGUGUUCAUUUACUUGCGUCCAUCCUCUGAGUACUUAGUUGGUAGGGAUAUGCUGGUCUCCAUAUUCUACACGGUGGUCAUCCCCAUGCUUAAUCCCAUGAUCUACAGUCUGAGAAACAAAGAUGUAAAGGAAACAUUUGGGAACUUCCUAAAGAAGAAUUCACAGUUCUUCUCCCUCCCUACACCCAGAUUUUCAUGA